AAUGAAUGGGUAACACUUCCCUCUCAUGCUUCGCAAUUGGCAUUCUGUGUCGGUGGCGUGGUGACUUGGUUGUUGAGCAAUGCAUUGACUAUAAGUGUAACACUGUAAGUGGCCCGUUCACCUCAUGUGUGUCGUUUGUCGUCAAUUGAGAGCCUUACGAACGAGGUGUCAGGUGUGGUCUGUGUCUGUGACUCUGUGGACAGACGUGCACGACUUGGCGAAAGGAAAGUUUCAUAGUUUGCGUCUCGCUCACUAUCUGUUUGAGCCCUUCAAUUAUCCUACGAGUACGAGAUAAAGAUUUCUUUUACGUUAACGAAACCCUCAAGAUAUAAACUUUAUAAAGUAUUAUCAUAUUUUUGCUUCUUCAUUCUUAUUGGUAUCAAAAGAUGGUGUCGGCGCAGAGCUUGAAGCGGCCGGACGGGUGGUGGCAAUGCGUGAACCCCGACGGUUCAGUGACGCCUGUGGAACACACCCCAGUCGCGCGUGAGUUCAGGGCGGCCGGGGUGCGGACCGUCAGCGACGUGUUGAGAUACUCGGCUCAAAAAUACCAUACCAAAGAAUGCCUUGGAACACGGCAAGUCAUUUUACGUCACAUGGUCCAAAUAGAAGGCAAAACCGUGGAAAAACUUGAACUUGGAGACUAUGAAUGGCUAUCGUACCAGCGUGUGUAUGAAACUUCUCAAGCGGUGGGCCUCGGUCUUCGGGACAUGGGGUAUAAGCAUGGCGAUCGCAUUGCUUUGUUUGCAGAGACCAGAGCUGAUUGGCUAAUUGCAGCGGCUGGUAUUUUGCAGCACAGAGUGGCAGUUUGUACGGUUUAUACGACGCUCAGUGACUCGGGCGUUGUUCACGCUCUCACCGAGACCGAAGUGCCGCUCAUCUUCACAACUUACGAACUUCUACCUCGAGUCAUAAAAGUCUUGCCUCAGUGUCCUAAAAUCAGGACCAUCGUGGUUAUGGAAGAUCAGAUUGAAGGUGUGGGUGACGUAACGGAGAUUCCCAGUCAAGUGGAAGUGAUACCUUUCAAGACUUUGGUGAAGCGAGGAUUCCUGAGCCAUCGUGAAGAAGUGCCUGUUCCAAAGGUUGAUGACACGGCCAUCAUCAUGUACACAAGUGGGUCUACGGGGGUUCCCAAAGGCGUCGAGUUGUCCCAUGCGAAUAUCAUUGCUUUCGUUACUGCUUAUUUUUGCCGCAUACCUGCUUCUUCCAAGUCACGUUACCUGGCUUUCUUGCCCUUGGCGCACAUCUUGGAACUAGUCACUGAGCUCGCCUUGCUGACUCGAGGUAUUCAGAUCUUCUACUCGUCCCCUGCCACCUUGACCUCGUCGUCGCUCAAAGUUCUGGCGGGCACGGAUGGCGAUGCCAGAGUCGCGAAACCCACCGUUAUGACCUGCGUGCCUCUCGUUUUGGACAAAGUUAUCAAGAGUGUUACCCAGAAGGUUGAACAACAAGGAUGGCUUAAGAGCCUCGUAUUCAAGAAACUGGUACAUUACAAGUCCAUUUUCGACUACAUUCCUUUCACUUCCAGUGUCCUGGACUUGCUUGUGUUUCGAAAGAUCAAAGUCGAGCUGGGCGGUGAACUUAAGACCCUCGUAGUCGGUGGGGCUCCACUCUCCAUACAAACUCAGGAACUUUUUGAGACGAUGUUUGGUUGCGAUAUCCAGGUUGGGUACGGAUCAACCGAGACGUCAGCUUGCGUAUCUGUCAUGCGCUCUGGUGACACCAGGCUUGGCCAUACAGGCCCUCCGAACGACGGUGUCCUGCUGAAGCUCCGUGACUGGGAAGAAGGUGGCUACAGAGUUACGGACAAGCCCAACCCUCGCGGCGAAGUUGUCAUUGGUGGGCCUAGUGUAGCCAAAGGAUACUACAAUCGUCCCGAGGAGACAGCGGCCGCCUUCUACGAGGAAAACGGCGUUCGUUGCUUUUGCACAGGUGACAUUGGGGAAAUAGACGAGUACGGCUGCCUGAAGAUUAUCGACCGUCUCAAAGACCUUGUGAAAAUGAAGCACGGAGAGUACAUUUCUCUGGGAUCGGUUGAAUCCGUGAUGAAAACCAUGCCCCUUGUAGAAAACAUCUGUGUUUUUGCUGAGGUUUUGCCUGAUUUUGUUGUAGCGGUGGUGGUUCCGGUUCCUGAAGUCUUGCUAAAGAUUGGCAAGGAAGAGCCUGCCACUGCUCUGACCAACCCUGAGUUGGACAACAUGGCUCACUUGUACACCAACCGCCAUAUCAACAAAGUCGUGCUCAACCUCAUACACGAGCAUGGCCGAAGCUGCGAUCUGAACAAGUGGGAGCUUCCGGCGGCCGUUUACCUCACCCGCGAUGUGUGGGACCCUGAGUCAGGUCUGGUCACGGCGGCACUCAAGCUUCGCAGGAAGCAGCUCAUGCAUCGAUAUGCAGUUCAAAUUAAAUCCAUGUACGAAGCCCUUAAGAAUUCGAAGUAAAAUUUCAUCGUUCGUACAUAAACGGUCGAAGUUAUUGAAAACAAGUUUUCAGAACCGUUAAAUCAAGAUAUAUUGACAGGUCUUCAGACGGAUUUUGAAAUAAGUCAACUAUACAAGCUAAUAUAAGAAAAUACAUUGAAUUUAUUCUGAAAUAUAUUUUUAUGCCUCUAAUCAUGUUCCAGUUCCACAGGAGCUCUCGUCGGUAAUCAUUUUACAGUGAUUUUCUGAAAUAUUUGACAUUAUUUCCUACGGUUCGCCAGUUUAGAGAGGAAUUAGUCGAAUGGACCAGAUGAAUAAUUAAUCUACGCAACUCUUUAUGUAGUAGGUAAUGCCUAUGCCUUCAUUCUACGAUGUUUGCCGAUGUUUUGUUUUGAGUGUAACUAAGCCUAACUAAAAUGCUUUAAUCUGCAGUUUGGUUUGACGCACGGACGCUUUUUAGCAUCCGUCAGUUAUUUUUCUUAUUAAUUCUACAGUUGAAAAAAGUUUGAUUUUGUUGUUAGUCUAUAAUGAAGAGUUGAUGUUGACAUUUGAAGCUUUGACGGCUUGGAGUAGACACAAACUGGCUCCAUCAGUUUAAAGUCGAGAAAAGCAUGCCUUCAUGGAUAAUCAAAAUGAUGCUGCUGUCUUUAUUUUCGAUAUUUUGUUCUGUUCAGUAGAUGGAUUUAUUUGAUAUUUUGUUCAGUAAAUGGAUUUAAAAGUUUGCUUUCGCUUUCCGUUGCGUAAUAUAAAUUUGAUGUGAAGCUCCCAAUUGUUUUUAAUAAGUAUAAACUUAUACUCUCAUUUACAAUGAACCUAUGUAAGCUGCAAAAUGGUGCUAGUUUUCAUAAUGCAAUCUUCAGUUUUGCAUGUUUUCAGAUCUUACGUUAUAUGUCGAGAAAAAGAUUUGGUUCAAGUAAGCUAUUUUAUUAACUGAUCUUUCGUCUAUUUCAAAUACAAUUCUUCUGCUUAAGAUCUCCUGGCGUUGGUCAAUUUCAAUUCAAAUUCUCCUGCAUAAUAUCUCUUGGAUUUUGGUUGGUUGACUUCAGAUGAGACUUAUUUUAAUGAAGAAAAUCGUCCAGACGCAACCAAAGAUUUGUGGUUCUCUCCUGAUGAGCUGACGUAGGUUACGUUACCCUUAACGUUAUUUAUGAUGAGCCUUCUGUUAAAUCCUUCCUGGUUGGGGAUUGAUUGAAAAAAUUCAAUUCACGCAAAUAUUAAGACAGUGGGAAACCGUGGUUUUCACAAUGAGAAGGAGCCUUUAGUUGCUGUUGGGGCUGUAAGGUCCGCAGCUCGCAGUGUUGAAGAUGAUGUUGCUGGGUCGGUUCAGGUCUGAGCUUCAUUGAUGGCCUUGCGUGGCAGCAAGUGACACAGCGACGUGCGAUCGUGGCAAUUUAUUACAUUUUCUGAUGCAUAGCCACAAAUCGCUAUUUUGAAAAUGAAUCGUUUCGGACGCGGUUAAACUUUUGGGUUAUAUUUCAAAUUUGCCUUAAAAUUGAUAAAUUUAUUUAAUACUUUAACUCAGCAGGGCACAUAUCUCACAAUCUCUGUACUCUAUCAUCAUCUUUCUUGAGAAAAGUGACACAGAAAAUGAACUCGAUUUUGCGCUCGAGUUCAUUAUAUAGUUACAGAUGUUCUCUUGUCUGUGUUCAUUACGACCUGUUAUUUAUCGGAGAACUACAUAUACUUUGGAUUUAAGGAAGAUAUAACACAGCACCGUUUGUGCACUGCCUUUUUGUGUUUACUGUAUUGUUGGCUUCCUUGUUGGCAAAGAUUGUCGCGCUUGUAUUUUUAGUCUUAAGAAUACCGUCAAAUCUUUUGAUGUUUUAAUUAGAUUAUAAUGUAAUAAAUGCCGAAUUUAUCCUUUAGUUCACCUAAGCAUAAUACUUGCUUUCUUUAAUCUCUAGGUUGAAUUGAAAUCGAUUUGUAUUUUUUCUAUGAUUUAGAUUUUUCUGAUUGGAUCUCAAUAUUUAUGACUUCAUUUAUAACCGAGCGCCUUGACGCGACGUAAGCGCGUUAACACUUAUACAUUCAUGUCUAAUGCACUGUUGCUUCGCAGUUCGUGCUUGAUUUAGCUUGUGAGGAGGUAGUAUGGAGCAUAAUAGUGAAAAUAUAGUACGUUGGAUUUUCAUGAGGGAUAGUACGGUGGAUUUUUAAAGGGAUAGUACGUUGUUUUUAUGAGGCUUAGUACUUCGGGUAAUAUUGAGGGGUGGUUUGUCAGAUAAUUAUGAAGUAUUAUUGUACGUCGGGUAAUUAUGAUGGGAAGAAUGUUGGAUAAUCGUGAUGGAUAGAAUGUUGGAUAAUCAUGAUUGAUAGAAUGUUGGGUAAUCGUAAUGGAUAGAAUGUUGGAUAAUCAUGAUGGAUAGAAUGUUGGAUAAUCAUGAUAGAUAGAAUGUUGGGUAAUCGUAAUGGAUAGAAUGUUGGAUAAUCAUGAUUGAUAGUUGAAUUAUCAUGAUGGAUAGAAUGUUGGAUAAUCAUGAUGGAUAGAAUGUUGGAUUAUUAUGAGGGGACACUACGUAAGGUAAUUAGAAGGACCAAGGAGGCAGGACGUAGGAUUAUUAUCAGUGAAGUUCUGCAUCUCUUCACCACAAACGCGACCGUCAGUUUCGAUAAUAUUGAUUGGUUCCCACGAAUUAUAUUGGUGCUUAGAGCAUUUUUGUUUCUUUACUCGCAAGUUAUCUGCAGUUGGAUCCCUUUUGUCCUAUACAACAAAUACUUGCAGUAAAUACUAUUCCCCUACUUAAAAGCUAAACGCGGUCUAUUGACAUGAACUCGGGACUUGAAUAAUCUCGGCCGGCCAUCGCAACGCAGGCUUCGGCGUCCGUAAAUUCGCCAAAAUGUGUUGGAACUAAAUUUGGGGAGGUUAAUAAAUUUAAUACAUGAUUGUUUUUAAGGUGCAGUUGAGAAAAAUUCCAUUAAUUUCAUGGUCUUCUUGCGUUGAAUAUGUGACCACAAUAAUAUUUGUUCGUUUCUAUAUUUCAUCACGAAUCUGAUCAAGAUCCAACCAUAAAAUGUUAGAUUUAUUUGGUCUUAGGAUUGAUGAUCUAAACGCUUCGUGUCUUGAGCGAUUGAUGUUGACACGCGAAUUUUGGGCGAGUUUAUAUGUAACGUGUCCUCGAAAGAAACGUGUCGAUAUAUUAUAUAUAAUAUAUAUAUGUGACGUCAACAUGUAUAUAUAAUAAACGUAUAUAUGUGACGCAUCGCUGGGCGCGCACGAGUAACACAUGCCAAAAUAGGAGCGUCGGUAGUGCGAUGUGAUCGUCCAGUAGCCACGCGAUCAAAGCGAGAUCAUUCCUGUAGAAUAUUUGUGUUUUCUAGUCUUAUUCACGUGUCUUGAUUAUCUAGACUAGGGUGUUAAUUAGCUAAAUGUCCCUACAGGAUUUGGAGAAAUUAAAAAAAUUAUGAAGUAAUGCUUAAAUUUACGAAUCUCAACGUCUCAUUCCAUGCAGGCUUAUUCGUAGAUCUGUGUGCGUGUAACUUAUCCCUUUGAUCUGCUACGAAUGCGGCCCAGCCACCAUUCAUUACAGCGACAUGUGAUUUGAUUGGCUAUGAAAACAAUCGAAAACGUCGUCCUCCUAAACAAUCGAGAAUGAUUACUAGCAAUAAAUUUGUAGUUUGAAACAACUUAUUUGAACUUGAUUAAUUCACCUAUCCGAUAUUUUCGAUGAAGAAGAGAAUAGAAAAUAGAUGAUGGUUCCACUGCGAUUUAGUAGCCAUGGUUAGCCGCAACUUUCACAAAAAUCUAUCCUCUCAGGAUAAAUAUCAUCUUCAGGGAUGAGUUUCACCACUGAAUUAGUAUUUGCUUGAUCUGCCUUUAUGCAAUAGUGCUAUCGUACCUACCGUAAUAAAUGUUUUAAAUGCAGGGUGCCGACGAUUUCUAGGGAAAUUACCCGCAUUUUCUGUGCCUUACUGUGAAACAUUGAAUGAUCCCCCUAUUUGUGAUGAGUGUUUUUUAUAGUUUUGAGGUCUGGCAUGUAUCAGGGUUCCCUGGAUUACCCGCCCAAAUUUCUUCUAGAGCCGAUGUUUGUUCAUAUCUGUACCUGUUAUCCUGUUGAUGUUAGUUUUAUGCAAGUGUUGUUCACGAUGCAAAAUGUGUUGCACAAUUAUCUCACGACGCACGAAAGACGUGUUCUUGCUCACAUUUCUCAUGAACAUCGCUGUGUAAAAUUGUGUUCUCCUUUCAAGAUUUUCGGUUUUAUGGAUGAAGAUAUUUGCAAUGUUGA